AUGUCUGAAGGAUCUUCAUCUGAGUCGGAAACCAGUGCUUGUAGUUCCAAAUAUGAUCCCCUAAAGGCACUUUAUUCAGAAAAACCCAAGUUGCCAAAUAAAAAGGCGCCGAUGUACGAGAAUUUAGUUCAAUACGAGGCCGCUUUGAAAUACAAUGAUUCGCAGAGUUCUGCUAUUAUACCAGUGGGUCAAAAUAAACUCGUACAACAGCGAGAAGAAGAGAAGGAACGAAAAAAGCAGGAACAGCAACGAUUACUUGAAGAAAAGAACAAACAGCGCUUUGCUCAAUAUGAAGUACCGGUUCGCAAGGAGAGGCGAGUGAAAAACGUUCUCACUCGUAUAGAAGGUAUACAGGGACCUCUGGCCGCUCUCAAAGACUGUGUCGACUUGGAGUUAAGGAUCAAGGUGAUAACGAGACACGCGACCGGUGUCCGGGGGGCACUGUACGGGACACUGGUGGCCUUCGACAAGCAGUGGAACCUGGCGCUACGAGACGUGGUCGAGGUGUGGAAGAGGAAGGCUCCGGGGAAGAGGAAGAUACCGCCCGGGUUAGGUACUCCUGUACAGAAAGGUACUGCGACCACCAUAUCGCCCGUGCCAGUGGUGACAGAAACUCCGCUAGGUGGUGGCAGGUGGGAGUGCACCAGACAUCUUCCCCAGGUGAUGGUACGUGGGGAACAUGUGGUGUUGGUGAACGUGGUGGAGAGGCGGUGA